UCCCUUUCUAAACCAUUACCCAAAAAGAUCUCUUUCUUCCUUCCCAAUUCAUCAACUACUUAGUACUAUUUACCAAUUCAUCUAUUACUUAUAUAUAUAUAUAUAUUUGAUCUAUACAUACAUACAUAUAUGCGCGCAUAUAUAUAUAUUAUAUGGAGCCUAGCAGCGAGGUUCAACAUCAUCAUCAAAUGAGCGUGAGUGUGAGUGUAGAAUCAAUAACUGCAGCGGGCGGUGAUAGAUUUCCACAAUGGAGCGUACAAGAAACAAGGGAUUUCUUGAUGAUAAGAGCCGAGCUCGAUCCGACGUUCAUGGAGACGAAACGAAAUAAGGUUUUGUGGGAAGUUAUAUCUACAAAGAUGAAGGAGAGGGGAUAUAAUCGUAGUGGCGAGCAGUGCAAAUGCAAAUGGAAGAAUCUUGUUACACGUUACAAGGGUUUUGAGACAAUGGAAUCACAAGAGGGUUUGAGGCAACAAUUCCCGUUCUAUAACGAGUUGCAAGCCAUCUUUACGGGGAGAAUGCAAAGAAUGCUAUGGUUGGAAGCAGAGAGUGGCGGAUCGUCAAAGAAGCAUCAUCUGUCUACUUCGGAUGAUGAAGAGGAUGAACAUGAUCAUGAGAGUGACGUGGACAAGAAUAAUAAUAAGAAGAAAAAGAAUAAGAUGGUAACGAGCAGCAACAAAGCAGGGAUAAUGGAGGAUAGUAGUGUUAAUAACCUGAAAGAAAUUCUGGAGGACUUCAUGAAGCAACAAAUGCAAAUGGAAACGCGAUGGAUGAAGGCGUACGAGGCCAUACAAGAGGAGAGGAGGAUCAAGGAGAUGGAAUGGAGGCAAACGAUGGAAGCGCUGCAGAAUGAGAGGAUUAUGUUCGAUCAAAGCUGGCGAGAGAGGGAAGAACAGAGACGGAUCAGAGAGGAAUCCAGAUCCGAGAAACGAGAUGCCCUUAUAACUGCUCUGUUAAACAAGCUCAAUCGAGAAGCACAUUAAUUCAUUUAAUUUAACUAUUAUAGCUCGCUUAA